AUGUCGGAAUUUAUCAUUGAAAAUGUCCCAUUGACGAAGCAAUGGCUCGCUGAUGUUAUCGAGAAGAAAACGGGAUUCCGGCCGAAAAUCGGAACGAGCACUACAUUGGACAAUGCUGAGCUCGGCUACAUGUCGCUCAUCCGAAAAGUCGGCUUAAUUUUCGAUGACAAUGCUCUUGAAACGAAAGCGAACCUUCCAAAAAAUGUUGUUUUGAAGAUUGCCAAUGGUUCAAAAUUAAAUGGUGUCAUUGAAUCGGCUACUGGAAACACUGGAGUAUCAAAUGAAACAAUGCUAAUGGAAACGUUUAUGCAUAACACUGAAUGCGCUUAUUAUAAUCUUUUCGCUAAUGAAGAGGAAAAACCAUUGAAAAUUCCAACAAUUUACGCUACAGAAGAUAGUCGAACUGGAGCCACGCCGAUUCCUGUGAUCGUGAUGGAGUUGUACGAGAACUGUAAAAUUUAUGAUAUUUGCCAAGGAUUCAACGAAUCGCAGUUGUAUAAAAUUGUUGACGAACUUGUCAAAUUGCACAUUUACUCAUUAACUACAACCAAAUGGAAAUUAAUCAAAGCUGACCCAUUCCUCAAAGAAACAGCACCAAUGUUCUUUGAAACCGUCAAGAGUAUUUCGAAUAAUCUCUCUCAACAACCUGAGCUGGACGUCUUGAAGGUUUUCAAUCGAAAUACCUUCGAAAAGAAUCCGCAAAUAAUGUCCACAUUCUCUGAUGUUUAUGAGAAUGGAGAGAGAACAGCUGUGAUUGCUCACGGAGAUUUGUGGGCCCCUCAAAUUCUUUGGGACCAAAAUGACGAUAUCGCUGGAAUUGUCGACUGGCAAAUUGCUCACCAUGGAAGUCCGCUUGAAGACUUCUUACGCGUCAUGUCCACUUGCACGACAGUUGAGAAUCGCAAAAAACUUACCAAACCUCUACUCGAUUAUUACCAUGAGCAAUUGUCGAAGGGUCUCGAAGCGAAAGGUGUUAAAAUACCGUAUACCAGAGAGGAAUUAGAUGAAGAAUACAAAUACACAAUGAUUCAUGUCGGCGCAAUGACCAUUUUUGCGAACGGAUUCUGGGCAAACUCGCCAGUACUUCAGACAGAUGGAAAGCCGGACCCGGAAAAAAUUGCGGAAUCCUUUGGUAGAUGCAGAUCAUUUAUCGAAGACGUCAUUGCAGCUCACAACAUGGAAUAA